GUCACGAACUCCCCAUGUACAUGUUGUUAGGUAUGUACUACCUCUCUGUGGCACAGCCCCAGUUUGACUGGGACCGAAAAGUGGUUAAACACACUUUGCCAGGUGGAGGGACCGCCAGAUUGCGUAAGUUCAAAGCUAGUAGUCUGAUUGAGACCCACGGGUGCAUGUGUGCGGCCGCAUUCUACAAUUAUUAUAAGCAAAAUCAGGAGGAGGGUAUGUACUUAGUUUAUGUCUCUGCUGCGGGCGAGCCAGUGAAAAUGCCGCCGGAGAUAGAGGGAGUAGUUGCCAAGUACCCUGAUCUAUUUGAAGAGCCGACAGGGGUUGUAGAGAGGGAGGUCGUCCACGUGAUAGAAAUUAUCCCAGGGUCUAGCAUCCCGAAGGGUAGGAUCUAUCGGAUGUCUCCAAGCGAGCUCGAUGAGCUUCGCCGACAACUCAAGGAACUCGUAGAGAAGGGUUGGAUCCGGCCGAGUGUCUCUCCUUAUGGGUCUCCAGUACUAUUCGUACCUAAGAAGGAGGGAACAAUUAGGAUGUGCAUUGACUAUAGGAGCCUCAAUGCCAUCACUGUAAAGAACAGAGAGCCCCUAUCGCGCAUCGACGAUUUGCUAGAUAGAGUGCAAGGGUGUCGGUACUUCAGUAAGAUAGAUCUGAAGUCCGGGUACCAUCAGAUUGCAAUCUGGCCCGAGGAUCAACACAAAACCGCCUUUCAGACGAGGUACGGUCUGUACGAGUUUGUGGUGAUGCCUUUCGGCCUUUGCAAUGCUCCUGGCACCUUUCAGCACGCUAUGAAUCGGAUAUUCCAUCACUACUUAGAUAAGUUUGUUAUCGUGUACCUCGAUGACAUACUUAUUUUUAGUAAGACUUUCAAGGAGCACGUUGCAGAUUUGGACAAAGUCCUGAGUCUCCUGCGACAACACAGGUUCAAGAUCAAUGGUGAGAAGUGCGAGUUUGGCCGCACUCGUGUCUUGUACUUGGGUUAUGAGAUAUCCGCAAAAGGGUUGAAGCUCGAUGACGCGAAGGUGGCCAGCAGUCGUGAUUGGCCGCGUCCUCAGUCUGUGACUAAGAUGAGAUCAUUCUUAGGGAUGACCGGCUACUAUCGCAAUUUCGUGGAAAACUAUAGCAUAGUUGCCGCCCCUUUGACUAAUCUAACCCGCCUUGACACCCCAUGGGAGUGGAUUGAGAGAUGCGAGGCUGCUUUCAGACAUCUGAAGCAUGCGUUGACGCAUUACGGAGUCUUGAAACUUCCUGAUCCUGACAAGCCAUUUAUAGCUACUACGGAUGCUAGCCAAUAUGGCAUAGGUGCCGUACUUGCACAACAGGAGGGGAAAAAGUUGAGGCCUGUCGAGUACAUGUCCAAAAAGAUGCCCUCUCAGAAGUUGGCAAAGUCCACCCAUGAGAAGGAACUCUAUGCGGUGUACAAGGCUCUGACCCAUUGGAGACACUAUCUCCUUGGGAGGUUCUUCAUCCUCAGGACUGAUCAUCAGACCCUGAGAUGGAUGAGAGCUCAGCCGGUACUCUCUGACGCUCUCAAGCGUUGGAUCGAAGUCAUAGAGCAAUAUGACUUCGAGCCCCAGUACAUCAAGGGCGAGUACAACAAGGUUGCUGAUGCCCUGUCGCGUAGACCUGAUUUCUCAGCUGCGCUGCUCACUGAGUUUGGGUUUGCGGACAAUGUUAUUCAGUUCAUGGUGGAGGCCUAUAGCGAGGAUCCGUUCAUGUCCGAGAUCAUCCGCAGACUCGAGGCGAAGGACAAAGUGACUUCUGUCGAGUUUGAGUUGGUCAACGGCUUGCUGUUCCUUGACAAGGCUGGGAAUAAACGUUUGUGUGUUCCUAAUAGGGAAUCUUUGUGUAGUUUAUUUUUAGGAGAAGAUGGCACCGGACAUUUUGGCUUUAAGAAGACUGCAGCCAAUUUGUUGCAGCGGUUCUGGUGGCCCACGAUGAUGAGAGAUGCGAAGCUGUACGUGGAGACUUGUCAGGUCUGUCAGAGGAACAAGCCACUUACCCAGGCUCCUCUUUGGCUCCUAAAGCCCCUUCCGAUUCCAGAAAGGCCUGGUGAGAGCCUGUCCAUGGACUUCAUAGAUACGAUGGUCACCAGCAAGAGUGGUAUGCGCUACCUCUACGUCAUUGUGGAUAGGUUUACUAAGUAUGUUAGGUUAGUAGCAAUGCCAGAAACAGCAAGAACGGACUAUGUGAUCAGAAUGUUCAAAGAGAAUUGGGUUAGGGACUUUGGUUUACCGAGGUCUAUUAUUAGUGACAGGGAUGUCCGAUUUACCAGCGAAUUGUGGAAGGCUGCUGCUACAGAGCAGGGAACCCAGUUGCAGAUGACUUAUGGGAAUCACCCAGAGGCCAACGGCCAGGCUGAGCAACUGAACCGCGCCGUACAACAUCUGUUGAGGCAGUACAUGAAGCCCAACCAGGUGGACUGGGAUGAGAAGCUUGCUCUCAUCGCCAGCCUGUACAACAAUGCGGUACACAGCGCCACCGGGGUGAGCCCGAACAGUUUGCUAUUGACUUUCAAGCCUAGACUACCUUUAGAUUUUCUCCUUCCUGAGAAUCAGGCAACUGCUGCACCAGGUACUCUAGAAUUUGCCUAUCGGUAUGAACAGAAGAUGCAGCAGGCUGUAGAACAGAUGCAAAAAGCACAGGCGGCUAUGAUAGAAUCUGCGAACAAACACCACUGUGAGUCUUCAUUUCAGGAUGGGGACAGAGUCUGGGUUAAGUCCUCAGAACUGGGACAGGAGCACAGGAUCUCCCGCAAGCUCAUGCCACAGUACUUUGGACCAUGGAAAGUCUUAGAUAUUGUUGGGACUGAUCCGGAUGUACCUUCUUACGUAGUCCGGAUCCCUGGUCAUCUCCGUACUUACCCUGUUUUUCACGCCUCCAAGCUUGCACCGUUCAAAGAAACAGAUCAGUUUCCAUCCCGCCGAUCAAUGCUGCCCCCAACCAUGGACGGAGAGGUGGAUAUCGAUGAUAUCGUGGACCACAGGGAGAUGCCAGUGGCAAGUCCAACAGGCAGGGGACGCCCUCCGAAACCGAAGCUGCAGUACCACGUUCGGUUCCGGCAUCUGCCCUAAGUGAAGGCAGGCUCGAUGAGGCCCUCAGGGCCCUGUUUUGGUCACCACGCAACUCGAGCAAAUUCAGGCAGUUGCGUAGCACCAGUU